UGCCCCCCUCCUUUAUCAUCUUCUCUCUCACUCCCUUCUUUAAAUUAUAAUUAAUUAGCUUUUCACCGCCUCCCAUAGCAUCUUGGUUUAUUUUAUUCCACCUAAAAAGUAGAUAACAAACAUUUGUAAGAGACAGAGAUCCCAUCUUGUUUCAUAUAUCAUCACUUCAUCAAGUUAACUUAGUUUAGGGUUGCAGCCUCAUAUAUAUUCUAAACUAACUCAUACAUACUCAGAACUCAACAUACAAGAAAGAUGAUGAUCCUUCAAAAUAUGGAUCAUGGAGAACUCUCUAACGCUUUCCCUCAUCAUCAGAAUCAGAAUCCAACUACUACUCCUCCUCCUUCUUUGAAGAGGAAGAGAAACCUCCCAGGAAACCCAGAUCCGGAAGCGGAAGUAAUAGCCUUAUCCCCAAAGACACUAAUGGCUACAAACAGGUUCUUGUGUGAAACCUGUGGGAAGGGUUUCCAAAGGGAUCAAAACCUUCAACUCCAUAGAAGAGGACACAACCUUCCAUGGAAGCUAAAACAAAGAACAAAUAAAGAACCAAAGAAGCGUGUAUACGUGUGUCCGGAGAAAACAUGUGUCCACAACCACCCUUCAAGGGCUUUGGGAGACUUGACCGGAAUCAAGAAGCACUUUUGCCGGAAGCACGGCGAGAAGAAGUGGAAGUGCGACAAAUGCUCCAAGCGUUACGCGGUUCAGUCCGACUGGAAAGCCCACUCCAAAACCUGUGGUACAAGAGAAUAUAAGUGUGAUUGUGGAACCAUCUUUUCACGGAGGGAUAGCUUCAUAACUCACAGGGCAUUUUGUGAUGCAUUGGCAGAAGAAACAGCUAGGGUAAAUGCAGCAUCAAGCAUAAACAACUCAACAUUAGGGGCUAAUAAUAAUAACAAUAACAUUAUUGGUUACAAUAACAUGAUGAUAGGAACCUCCAUGGCCCCUCAUAAUAAUAAUAAUAAUAAUAACAUGGCAACCCAAUUUGCUUCAAUUUGCAAUAAGCCAAUUCCAUUCACUGAAGAAGCCACAAAUAACCAAACAACAACAAGAGGAUUAUCCCUUUGGAUGGACCAUCAUCAUCAUCAUCGUCAAGAAGCAACAAUGGCUACUAAUAACAAUAAUUACCAUCUGAACUGGGUAUUCGGAUCCAAAAUUUCGACCAAUCCAAGCCAAGAUCUAAGUAGCAACAACACUAUUACUAGUACUACUACUACAUCGCUUCCAAUACUAGGAAGCAUUGUUAAUGUUCCUUCAUUGUAUAGCUCACAACAUCAACCCCAUCAAACAUGUGCUUCUUCGUCGUCGGCGAACAUGUCGGCGACGGCAUUGUUGCAGAAAGCAGCUCAAGUUGGUGCAACCUCAAGUGAUCCAUCAUCAUUCUUGGGGGCAUUAGGGUUGAAAUGCAGCAAUGGUAGUGAUCAAGGGCAAGAUGGGAAUAACAAUAAGUUUUGUGGGGUGUAUGGUUCAAGUUUGGUGCUAACAAGUAGUAGUAAUAAUAUUAAUAGAGAGGCAGAGAAGAAUGAAUUGUCACAAAUGCACCCUUCAAAGAGGAGACAUGUAAUGCCGAAUGAGGAGAGUGGAGGAGGGCAAACUAGGGAUUUCCUUGGUGUUGGGGGUGCAAACCACCAUUUGCCACCCUUUAUCAACCAAAGCUUGGAUUUGAUUUGAUUAAUAAGUUCAUGUUGAUCAAUAUAUGUGUUAAUCAAAUGUUUUCAAAAUACAUAUAUAUUAUUUGUA